GCUUUGCGUGACUUCCCCCCUUAAUCCCGCCCAUUUGUGAGGAAAUAUCUACACCGGUGACGUCCGAUGGAUACAUUAGCAGCUUUUAACAUUGCCGAGACACCUCAAAUGGCAUGCCCUGAGAAAACACCCAUUCAAGUACUACACGAAUAUGGCACGAGAAUCGACUGCCUUCCAAUUUAUGAAAUGGAGAAAGCAGAGGGAUCACCACAUCAACCAAAUUUUGUUUUUACUGUUACCAUAGGUGAAAUAACCUGUAGAGGUCAAGGAUUCAGUAAAAAAGCUGCCAAGCAUCAGGCUUCUGAAGCGGCUCUGACGAUUUUGGAACUGGACCCUGGAGCGCUCCCUGUGCCUCAGCGAACUGACAAUAAUGGACUCAGUGAGCCGAACGACCAGCCGAACCCUGUAGGAGUGCUGCAGGAGCUGGUGCUGCAGAGGUCAUGGCGUCUCCCCGAGUAUGUGGUGGUCAUGGAGACGGGCCCCUGCCACAACAAGGUGUUCUCUGUCACCUGCAGACUGGAGAACCUCAUGGAGACAGGAACAGGAAGUUCAAAGAAAAUGGCCAAAAAGGUUGCAGCUGAGAAAAUCCUAGAGAAACUCCAAAGUCUAUCAGGGUCCACUGAAAUCACAUGGACCCCGAAGCCCACUGUCCACCUGGAAACCUUGAGGCACUCGACAAGCGAUAAAAUCUCUCAGCUGAGGAGAACCCCCCUCAGUAUCCCUAACACAGACUACGUCCAGAUGAUGCAGGACGUAUCUGAGGAGCAGGGCUUUGAGAUCAUUUUCCACAAUAUAGAUGAGCUGACAGUAAACGGGCAGUACCAGUGCUUGGUGCAGCUGUCGACCGUGCCAGUGACUGUAUGCCAUGGAACAGGCAUCACCUGCGGCAAUGCCCAGAACGAUGCAGCACACAGUGCCCUUCAGUAUAUCAAGAUCAUGGCCACCAUGAAAUAAGUAAUUCCUGCUCUUGAAAUAUACACUUUUUUUUUUUUAAUUACAGCAGCAUUUUACCAUGUCACAUCAAUUGUGUGGUUAGUUGGUCCUUUUGAAUUUGUCCUUGGGCCAAAACUAUAAUUCUUAAGAACAAGUAUAAUGGAGUAAUUCCCACUGUCCUCUAAAAAAACACAACACUUACUUGUUACACAGAUAGAUCUAUAAAUCAAGGUGAUUGAAAUUUUACAGUUUGGACAGUUGUGUUAAUUUGUACACUUUGCCCAGAUGAGGUACACAUAUAUUUAGGUCAAUUAUUGAUUGUUAAUGUGUGUCUUAUACAUUUGAAGUUGAGGUGCUUUUGUUUUAUUCAUAUUUAUUUUGUGUAUAAAAGAGUUGCCUUUUUGUAAGAUAAGAUUAAUGAUUCUGAGCCUUUUCAUGCCUAAGGAUCACGUUGAAUGUGUCCUAUCAUGCACACAUUGAAAUGGAAACCUGAACUUAUUGUAUUUGAAUAACAGUGUGGAGAUAUUGUACUGACUUUUUAUAAGAACAGCCGUUUCCAUUUCUUGAUAAAUCGUGAAUUUAGUAACUGCUUGUGGCAGCAUUUUCCACAUGUUUAUGUUUGAAAGAUGACGUGUUUACCAAUUUCAGACCACUUUUUUUAGUGGAUUUAGAUUUGGGUAUGAACAAAUAAAUAUAUCAACAUUGAAGA